CAAUAACAAUGGAAAGAAUCGACAUUUUUUCUAGAAAUGUAAUCAAUGUUUUUACCGUCCUGUGCUGUCUUAAAAGAGCUAAUCAAAUUCUUUUUAGGUGUGGCUGUUGGCAAGAAUGCGAAUCAGACGAACGGGUCUAGUGCGAGUCUUGCUAUGGAUGGACGGACAGACACGUGUUCGCAGACAGCGUCCAUUGCCGCAGAAUGGACGCUUGAUCUGACUGAGAAUUACCAAAUAGAAGAAGUGUCGAUAUAUGCUGAUUAUGAAGCUAAAUCCUAUACAAUCGACAAGGGACUUGCACUUGGGAAGUACAAGGCAGCCACCAUUAUGAACACCACUACAUCCAGCGAAAACACGUGGAGACCCGCCAGCAACGGUCCGUACAGACAUAUCCGAAUAAAGGCGAACCCACAAAAUCAACCUCUGAAACUCUGCGAGCUCCAGAUAACAGGAUCCCCACAACCAAGGACACCUCGUGAGUAAAUGUCAUAGAUAAAAUAAGUAUGUUUCUGGCCAACUGUAUGUGAUAUAAAUCCUUU